AACUUAUUUCAGGUAACCGUGGGUCAGAUGCGACAUUCUUUCAUGCCAUAAAACUCAAGGACGAGGUUAGCGCGUUUACCUCACGAUCACUGAAUCUUGACUAUCGUUUUACGUUAGCACUGUUGAUAUCUCUGCUCGGUAAGUAAUCGAAAACAUUAGAUUCUUUACAUGCAAAAUCUUCAACAAUCACGCAUUGCUCUUCUGUAAAUGAAGCUGAACCCAAACGAACUAUCGAAUCAAUGUAGAGUAUUAGAAAAUGAUAAAAAUCCGGUAUAAUAAUGCAAAAGACACCUCGCAUCUGUGAGCAGGAUAACACAUGUGAGCAUUGCUACAGGAGUUGAGCACGGCUCAGAAGUAUAAGUGUAUAUAUAAGUGUGAAAUUGUGGUCAGGCCAGUUGAUCCUUCUGUGCAAAGCGGCGGUUGCUGAAUGAAGGAAAUAUAUACACACAUAUCUGCGCAGAUUUGAAGCUCAACGGAUCAAAAUAUAAAUAAAAUCAAAAUUUAUUAAAUGGCAGACUUCCCACGCUCGAUUGAGACCUAUAUCAUUGGAACCACACGCAUAACUGAGAAAAUGAAUAUCGUGGUCACCAUACUUCUGUUUAAAGUUCAAGAUUCUUUCAAAAUAUCAUAUCUGCAUUAUACAAUAAAACAACGAACCAUGUAUUAACUACGCAUGUGAACAACAGCACGAUCGCAAGUUUUUUGGUUUUCAAUGAUUUCAUGGUCUCUGAACGUAACACUUUACAUACUGGCGUGGUGAAUAUCGAUGGAAAUACGCUAGUUCCGAACUAGCUGUAACAAGGGUCAGAAAAUUUCGGAGGUAUUAGCGUCGCAGUUUGGGUCGCAUUAUUUUCUCACGCGUACGAUGUACCCUGUAAUUCUCACAUCCCAAAUUGGAUACGUGGAUAGAAGAAGAUACGGUCAAAUACCUAUUUACCGGUUUUGGAUCGUUCGAACGAUGAGUAAAAGUUAGUCAGCGAUUAAAGAACUCAUUCGGAUAGCGUAUACAGCCUGCAGUCUCAAAAUUAUAAAUACAUGUAAAUUAUUGAAUGUAAACGUAUAUAGAAAACCGGCAUUUAUCGUGGUUCCCUCAUCACCUGCUGAGAGAUAGUGUCUAUCAACGCAGAGUGCAGAGCGGCCCUGCAGGUCCGAAACACGCUGGAUUCCCUCUGACGUCAAAAAGAGGAGGAGGAGGAGCAAAAAUCAGUCUUGUAGCGUGAGUUCUUCACCACUGGCAUCGCCCUUAAAAGCAACUCCGUGCUGGGAGUAGAUCUCAGACAAUCGGUGAAAUUCGAGUACGACGUUGGCGAUUCAACGCAGUCGUUCUACCUUCGGUGUGAUUUCUAUCACUGUAACAGUAAUUAAUUAUUUCGGAAUAAUUAUGAGGUAAAUCGUGCGACGAAGCAUCCUAGUGAUAGAAGUUCAUCGCAUCGGACAACGAUCUGAGGUGUAGCUAGCGUGUACAAUCAACGACUGAACAUUUGAUAAAAAAAAACAAAAGAAAAUAAUUGAAGAUGGCUUUCGACUCCGAUAAUGGAGCCGUCAGUGUUCCUUUGACGGGCAAAAAUCCAGUGAUAAUCGCGGUCGGGCAAAAAAAGUGCGACGUAAACUCUAACAGUCCCUUGGUAAGGGUUUACACAAGAAGAUGGCUCAUGCUCGCGGUCUACAUCUUCUACGUUGCCUCUAACAUAAGCCAAUGGGUCCAAUACAGUAUCAUCAGCAACAUCAUUGCGAGAUAUUACGACGUUUCGCUGGUUGCGGUAGAUUGGACUUCGAUGUUGUUCAUGUUGGCUUACAUCGCAUUGGUUUUCCCAUCUUCGUACCUGAUGGAUAGAUUCGGUCUUCGAUGGACCGCUAUCAUCGGAUGCUUGGUGACCGCUAUCGGCUCGUGGAUAAAAGUGUUGUCCGUAGCACCUGAUAGGUUUUAUGUAACCUUUAUCGGACAGGCACUGGUUGCCACUACGCAGGUAUUGACGCUCAAUGUGCCCGCUCGUCUUGCGGCCAACUGGUUUGGACCUCGCCAGGUAUCAACAGCUACGUCAAUGGGUCUGUUCGGGUUUCAGCUUGGUAUAGCUGGAAGUUUUGUAUUCACACCGAUGGUGGUUGAAAACCACGAAAAUUUGGAGGAUGUUGGAAGAGAUUUAUCCAAACUCUAUUGGUUUUACGCCAUUUUUUCAUCGCUUGGACUCCUUGCAGUUCUUGCGUUUUUUCAAGAUGAUCCUCCGCUACCACCCAGCGAAACUCGAAGACUUCAGAAAAUGAAGAAGUCUGAAGAUUCAGAAGGGUUUGUCCCCCUUAUGAAAAGGCUACUAUCGAAUAGAAGCUAUCUUGCUCUUUGCCACUCCUUCGGCAUAAACAUUGGUAUUCUGAAUUCCAUUGCCACGCUACUGAAUCAAAUGUAUCUCGUACAUUUCAAGGACGGAGAAAAAGAAGCCGGACAGAUCGGCCUGUUCAUCGUGAUCACUGGAAUGUUCGGCUCUGUGGCGUUCGGAAUUAUACUAGACAAGUAUCACAAGUUCAAAUUGACAAUAUGUGCGGUGUACGCAUUAUCAUUAGCUGGACAAGUACUCUUCGCGAUUUCUCUCAUGUUGGAAAUAAAAUGGAUGAUUUAUGCAUCAGCCAUAUUUCUUGGGUUUUUCAUCUCAAGUUAUUUCGGUGUUGGAUAUGAAGUUUGCGCUGAAUAUACUUAUCCGGAACCAGAGGGCAUCGCCACUGCUUUCUUGAACGUCACCAAUCAAAUUUACGGAAUAGCCAUAGUUUUGGUAUUCGGAAAGGUCAUCCAAAUAUUUGGUGACCUCUACGCGCACCUUGGAAUAGGAUUAAUUAUGCUUUCAGGGUUAAUAACAACCAUGUGCACAAAAGAUCUCCAGAAACGUCAAGAAGCGAGACAAAACGCUCGUUACAAAGAAGUCCAUUUAAACAGUUCAAUUUUACAAGACGAAAAGCAAAUUAUAUGAGCGGUGCAGCAGUAUAAAUUCUGCACAGUCGUUGCGAAUUGAAUAAA